AUGUCGCCGGUUCGAGGUUAUAUCAGCUCAUAUCCGCCGCGAGUGCGCCAAUAUGGGAAUGCGCUGCUCACGCCCGUGAUCCCUCCAACGCAAGCGGCUCCGUCACGAACAACGAAACGUGGCACAACUGCUAUCAACUAUGCGGAGGAUGGCUUCGAUGACGAUGAUUUCGACGAUAGCGAUGGUCACCGGAGACCUACAGGUCUCAGAAGUCUGCGCCGCGACGAGUCGAGCAUGGACAAGGUUCCCUUGAGCGAAAAGGUGGGGAAAGAAGUCCAUGCUCCUGUUCAGGUGCAAGGAAUCUUCAGAGAUUGGAUGAUCAAGAGGAUGUUGAGACCAGCAUGUGCAGACCAGUUGCAGAUUCAAGCGCAGCUGCCUCUAACCCUCAUUCCCAUCCGUAUCGAUCUCGAAGUCCCAGCGCAUCAGCCACUAGAACCUUUCCCACUACCCCGCGGAAUCAUUGAACCGGGCAUCAACCCGACCCUCCCAGGUUACAGAAGACCAGAGCCAGCUCCGGCAUACCGGAUAAAGGACACCUUCUUGUGGAAUCUUCACGAGGCUCUUGCGACGCCGGAGGAGUUCGCGACUGGAUUCGUUCGCGAUUUGGAUCUGCCCAAUCCUCCAGCGAUGACCGCAGCGAUUAGCACUCAGAUCCGACAGCAGCUAGAGGAGUACGCAGGUGUUGCGCUGCAUCCUCUGUUCCAAAGUACACCGGGAAACAAGCCUGGAGAUGCUGCUGCUCCUUCCAGGGACGUGUCUGUGACCGCAGUUCAGGGCAAUUCGAACCGACCUAAUGGUGUGACGAAGGAGGCGCUUAUCAAUGACAGCGUACUGAACCCGGACGAUGCCUACAGAUGCGUAAUCAACCUCAACAUCAAUCUUCAAAACAGGCUAUACACAGACAAGUUUGAGUGGUCCCUACUUCAUCCUCCGGGCAUGGCGGAAGACUUCGCGAAAGUGACCUGUGCGGAUCUUGGUUUGGGUGGAGAAUGGGUUUCCGCGAUAUCACAUGGGAUCUACGAAGCUGUGCUCAAAUUGAAGAAGGAAGUGUGCGAGAGUGGAGGUCUCAUCAGCGGAGUAGGUGGCUAUGGCAACGAGAUUGACAACCAGGCCGCGAACGGAGCUGAAGCCGGAUGGCGCUAUGAUCCUGAUGGCCUGGGAGAUGAGUGGGAGCCCAAGGUUGAGACUCUGUCCAAAGAAGAGAUCGAAAAGCGUGAAGGCGAUAGGGAGCGGCAAAUAAGACGUCUGCGGAGAGAAACGGCAAGAUUCUCGUCGACCGCUGGUAUCACGCCUGACACUUCGAGGCAGAUUGGCGGUGGCUAUUUCGACGCCCCUGAUCCCGACACACCGCUGGGCAGAGGAGAGAGGAGUAAGCGGAAGAGACGAUUCCGCAGUCUCAGUCCGUUGGCAAGAGGAGGAACACCUGGUGGCCGCGGAACUCCUGAUACCAGCAGCGGAGCUGGAUACGGCGGUGGUAGUGGUACACUCGCCGACUGGGAGCGAUCCACCUGGAGAUGUACCAACUGCAUGGUCUGGGGAACGUCCGUCUGGGCGGUCCGAGAUGGUCCAGCAGGUCCUAGAUCUCUCUGUCAUAACUGUGGUCUCCUCUUCGAGCGAGAUAGAACUACGCCGGAGUGGUCAAAAGACUUACAUCGUCACGAUGUCCCCUUGGUUCGAUGA